AUGUCUCCCAAGAGAGUAUGGAACGCAACCUACUCAACUUGUUGUAGAAAAAACACACCCGUUGACUUCAACCGAUGGAGUGAACCCGAACUCGAAGAAUCAGAUGGCGAGGAGGUAUCCCACGAGGGUGUCUGGGUGCAAAACUACCCAAUUCUGUGGAAAUACACACGUUAUGAUCCCGAUGAAUGGAGUGAAACCGAAACCGAAGAACCAAAGGUCCAGGAGGUAUCCGACGAGGAUGAGUGGGUCUCAAACUACCCAACUCUCUGGAAAUACACACGAUUGGACCCCGAUGAAUGGAGAGAAGCCGAAAGCGAAGAACCAAAGGCCGAGGAGGUAUCCGACGAGGAUGUGUGGGUCUCAAACUACCCAAUUCUGUGGAAAUACACACGUUUUGACCCCGAUGAAUGGAGUGAAGCCGAAAGCGAAGAACCAAAGGCCGAGGAGGUAUCCCAUGAGGUUGAGUUGGUCCCAAACAACCCAACUCUGUGGACAGACACACUUUUUGACUCCGAUGAAUGGAGUGAAACCGAAAGCGAAGAACCAGAGGCCGAGGAGGUAUCCCACAAGGUUGAGUUUUUCCCAAACUACCCAACUAUGUGGAAAUACACACUUUAUGACUCUGGUGAAGGGAGUGAAACCGAAAGCGAAGAACCAGAGGCUGAGGAGGUAUCCGACGAGGAUGAGGGGGUCGCCAACUCUCCAACUAUGUGGAAAUAUACACUUUAUGACUCCGGUGAAGGGAGUGAAUCCGAAAGUGAAGAACCAAAGGCCGAGGAGGUAUCCCACGAGGUUGAGUUGGUUCCUAACUACCCAACUCUGUGGACAGACACACUUUUUGACUCCGAUAUAGGGAGUGAAACCGAAAGCGAAGAAUCAGAGGCCGAGGAGGUAUCCCACAAGGUUGAGUUUUUCCCAAACUACCCAACUAUGUGGAAAUACACACUUUAUGACUCUGGUGAAGGGAGUGAAACCGAAAGCGAAGAACCAGAGGCUGAGGAGGUAUCCGACGAGGAUGAGGGGGUCGCCAACUACCCAACUAUGUGGAAAUACACACUUUAUGACUCUGGUGAAGGGAGUGAAACCGAAAGCGAAGAACCAAAGGCCGAGGAGGCAUCUCACGAGGUUGAGUUGGUCCAUAACUACCCAACUCUGUGGACAGACACACUUUUUGAUUCCGAUGAAUGGAGUGAAACCGACAGCGAAGGACCAAAAGCCGCUGAAGUAUCCCAUGAGGUUGAGUUUUUCCCAAACAACCCAAUUCUGUGGAAAUACACACUUUAUGACUCCGAUGAAGGGAGUGAAACCGAAAGCGAAGAACCAAAGGCCGAGGAGGCAUCUCACGAGGUUGAGUUGGUCCAUAACUACCCAACUCUGUGGACAGACACACUUUUUGAUUCCGAUGAAUGGAGUGAAACCGACAGCGAAGGACCAAAAGCCGCUGAAGUAUCCCAUGAGGUUGAGUUUUUCCCAAACAACCCAAUUCUGUGGAAAUACACACUUUAUGACUCCGAUGAAGGGAGUGAAACCGAAAGCGAAGAACCAAAGGCUGAGGAUGUAUCUGAUGAGGAUGAGGGGGUCGCGAACUACCCAACUAUGUGGAAAUAUACACUUUAUGACUCCGGUGAAGGGAGUGAAACCGAAAGUGAAGAACCAAAGGCCGAGGAGGUAUCCCACGAGGUUGAGUCGGUCCAUAACUACCCAACUCUGUUGACAGACACACUUUUUGACUCCGAUGAAUGGAGUGAAACCGACAGCGUAGGACCAAAGGCCGCUGAGGUAUCCCAUGAGGUUGAGUUGGUCCCAAACUACCCAACUCUGUGGACAGACACACUUUAUGACUCCGAUGAUGAAGGGAGUGAAACCGAAAGCGAAGGACCAAAGGCCGCUGAGGUAUCCCACGAGGAUGAGGGGGUCACCAACUACCCAACUCUGUGGAAAUAUACACUUUAUGACUCCGAUGAAGGGAGUGAAACCGAAAGCGAAGAACCAAAGGCCGAGGAGGUAUUCCACGAGGUUGAGUUGGUUCCUAACUACCCAACUCUGUGGACAGACACACUUUAUGACUCCGAUGAAGGAAGUGAAACCGACAGCGAAGAAUCAGAGGCUGAGGAGGUAUUCCACGAGGUUGAGUUUUUCCCAAACAACCCAACUCUUUGGACAGACACAGACACACUUUAUGACUCCGACGAAGGGAGCGAAACCGAAAGCGAAGAAUCAAAGUCCGAGGAGGAAUCCCACGAGGUUGAGUUUGUCCCAAACAACCCUAUUCUGGGGAAAUACACACUUUAUUCCUCCGAUGGAGGGAGUGAAACCGAAAGCGAAGAGUCAGCAGGAGAGGAGUAA